AUGUCAGCAGUCGAUGUGGGAUGCCUAUAUCUUACUGCCUUUGCGCAAGCUGUUGCGCCCCAUAUCGGUCUGUUGGUCCCGACUAGUGAAUCUGCCGGAAAGCUGGUUCAUAUCCGAAUCGAUCGUAAUGCAUCCCCAAAUUGGACCUUUCAGUGCAGAGAUCAGAAGAUUGAAGGCGACAUGUUCAUGACCAGCCUCCUGAAGAUAGGAGGACUGAUAGCCUGGGGGACCUUGUCAGAGGUGGCGCAAACCGUUGUAGUACCGCCGAACGACCGUUUUGGAGAGUGUUCUCCUUGGGUGAAAAGCUUGAUCGACAAGCUGAAUGAACUUGGGUUCAUCGGAGUGGCGAAUGUUGACGGGCUUAUGAAGGAAUUCAAGGAGUUUGCUGCGGGAAACAGAGCGUUUGCCCGACGUGACAAGUAUCCGAAUGUUGCUAUCUCGAGAUAUUUUGUUCCUUCAAUGGACAACCGAUACGACUCCGAGCUCAACUUGACUACACAUGCAUGA